CGUGCCGGUGCCGCCAUCUUGUGUGAGGGCAUCCCCCUACCGCUGAGCUGGCGUUGCUGGCCGCGCGGUGCCUGCCGGGAGAGAGCGGCGGCGGUGCGGGCAGGUGGGCGCUGCCGGGAGCCGGGACUGGGGGAGAAGCACGGGGCGUGGGCCGCGAACUGUCCCGACGGAAAGGACUGGGGCCUCGGCUGUGAGCUGGGACACAGUGCCGUACGCAGAGGGGCCUGAGGUCACUGGACAUUUUUUUGGCCUUUCGCUCUGUGAGGAGGGCGGGCUGGUGUUUGCAGUGUGCGUUUUGGUCUGAGAUCGGCCUUCCCUCUGCACUCAGAGCUGCUGCGGCCCCAUGGCGACCUACCUGGAGUUCAUUCAGCAGAACGAGGAGCGCGACGGCGUGCGCUUCAGCUGGAACGUGUGGCCGUCCAGCAGGCUGGAGGCUACGCGGAUGGUCGUGCCGCUGGCCUGCCUGCUGACCCCGCUGCGGGAGCGCCCGGACCUGCCGCCCGUGCAGUACGAGCCCGUGCUCUGCAGCAGGCCCACCUGCAAAGCCGUGCUCAACCCGCUCUGCCAAGUUGACUAUCGGGCCAAGCUCUGGGCUUGUAAUUUCUGUUUUCAGAGAAAUCAGUUCCCUCCAGCAUAUGCAGGCAUAUCUGAGGUCAACCAACCAGCUGAACUUAUGCCUCAGUUUUCAACAAUCGAAUAUAUAGUGCAGCGAGGCCCACAGACGCCAUUGAUCUUCCUGUAUGUUGUUGACACGUGCUUGGAAGAGGAGGACUUGCAGGCACUGAAGGAGUCCCUCCAGAUGUCCCUCAGUCUGCUGCCUGCUGAUGCUCUUGUGGGGCUUAUCACGUUUGGCAGAAUGGUCCAGGUUCACGAGCUGAGCUGUGAAGGGAUUUCCAAGAGCUACGUGUUUAGGGGCACAAAAGACCUGACGGCUAAGCAAAUCCAGGAUAUGCUUGGUCUUUCAAGGCCAGCUGUCCCCAUGCAACAAGGAAGGCCUCUUCAAGCUCCGGAGCAACCUGUUAUUUCAAGCAGGUUUCUGCAGCCAGUACAUAAGAUUGACAUGAAUUUAACAGAUCUCCUUGGAGAACUUCAAAGGGACCCGUGGCCAGUGACCCAGGGGAAGAGGCCUUUGCGUUCCACUGGAGUAGCUCUUUCGAUUGCUGUUGGCUUGCUAGAGGGCACAUUUCCAAACACCGGGGCUAGAAUAAUGCUAUUUACAGGUGGUCCACCAACGCAAGGACCAGGCAUGGUGGUAGGAGAUGAAUUGAAAACACCCAUUCGUUCUUGGCAUGACAUAGAGAAGGACAAUGCGAGGUUCAUGAAGAAGGCCACCAAGCACUAUGAGACUCUGGCCAAUCGCACUGCCACCAACGGGCAUUGCAUUGACAUCUAUGCCUGCGCCCUGGAUCAGACUGGACUGCUAGAGAUGAAAUGUUGUGCAAACCUCACUGGAGGACAUAUGGUGAUGGGAGAUUCCUUCAACACUUCUCUCUUCAAGCAGACCUUCCAGCGGGUGUUCAACAGAGGGCUCAAUGGGGAAUUUCGCAUGGCUUUUGGUGCAAAUUUGGAAGUGAAGACAUCCAGGGAGCUGAAAAUUGCAGGAGCUAUUGGACCAUGUGUAUCCCUGAACGUGAAAGGACCGUGUGUUUCUGAAAAUGAACUCGGAACUGGAGGAACAUCUCAGUGGAAAAUUUGUGGUCUGGAUCCCAGCACAACUCUGGCCAUUUACUUUGAAGUGGUAAAUCAGCACAACGCACCAAUACCUCAGGGAGGCCGAGGGGCAGUACAGUUUGUCACUCAGUAUCAACACUCCAGCACACAGAAACGCAUUCGUGUCACCACCAUAGCCAGAAACUGGGCAGAUGCACAAAGUCAACUCCAGCACAUAGAAGCUGCGUUUGACCAGGAAGCAGCUGCCGUGCUGAUGGCACGGCUGGGAGUGUACAGAGCUGAGUCUGAGGAGGGACCUGAUGUCCUGCGAUGGCUGGACAGACAGCUGAUCAGACUGUGUCAGAAAUUUGGACAAUACAACAAAGAUGAUCCCAACUCCUUCAGACUGUCGGAGUCAUUUUCUUUGUAUCCCCAGUUCAUGUUCCAUUUGCGACGCUCGCCAUUCCUGCAGGUUUUCAAUAACAGUCCGGAUGAAUCUUCUUAUUACCGUCACCACUUUGCUAGGCAAGAUCUCACCCAGUCUCUCAUUAUGAUUCAGCCCAUCCUUUAUGCUUAUUCUUUCCAUGGACCUCCUGAGCCAGUGCUUUUGGACAGCAGCAGCAUUCUUCCUGACAGAAUCCUACUGAUGGAUACUUUCUUCCAGAUAGUUAUCUACCUUGGUGAGACUAUUGCACAGUGGCAGAAAGCUGGUUACCAAGACAUGCCUGAAUAUGAAAACUUUAAGCAUCUACUGCAAGCUCCACUGGAUGAUGCCCAGGAAAUCUUGCAGACCAGAUUCCCAAUGCCACGUUAUGUCCACACUGAGCAUGGGGGAAGUCAGGCCCGAUUCCUGUUGUCUAAAGUGAACCCUUCUCAGACCCACAAUAACCUCUAUGCAUGGGGACAGGAAUCGGGAGCCCCAAUCCUGACGGAUGAUGUCAGUCUGCAAGUGUUCAUGGACCACCUCAAGAAGCUGGCAGUCUCGAGUGCGGCGUGACUUGAUCGAACCCAGAACUAUAAAUGGGAGAGUUACAUAUAUCAUGGUGAUGACAGAAGUGGAAUGACUUAUUUACAUUUCCUUUUAGACUAAGGUUUUUAAGUAUUAAAUGAAAUAAAUAUGUGGGGAGAGCUUUGUACUUUGCCCUUCUAGAUAUUAAUUUAUUUGUAUUCCUUUUUUAUCUCUGUUUAUGCUACAUUUCUCAUACUGUAUCUGGAGCCAAAGUAUGUUUUAUCUGGUGUAGAUCUUAGCAGCCUUUAGCUUAAUAUGUAAUGAUCUGUCGUCUGAAGCGGUGGCUGUCGGCAACCAGGGGCUGAAUUAAUGGAAAAUAAAACUGGAUAAGAAAAGCAUUAAUUCUGAGUGCUGUCCCCCAUUGAGCUGUAUGUGCGAUACAUUUGCGUUUGGGAAAACACGCCACCAGGGGAGGUACAAACUAUUACAAAUAAUUCCACUUGCUGUUCCGUAACUCAUGGUUUCAGUCACGGAUCUGAAAUUCUAUGCGGAAUCAAAGAGUGACUUGAAGAACAGAUGGUGUGGAAUGCUUCUGAGGCUGAGCAGGGGCGUUUGAGGGUGCUUUGAAUUCACUGUCUUCUCCAACUGUCUGAAAAUCCAAGCCUUGUUGUUUUUUUUCUUUGUUUCUUGUUUUUAACUGUUAUUUUUCCAUUUCUGUCUUACUGAUCCAUGCAUAGGUAUUAUGAAUUGAGAUACAAGUUUGCUGCAAAUGCUGAAAUGCACCUUCUGGCUCGCGCUGAGGCCGCGGCCUCUCCGUGCCGCCAUCUUUCCUUCCCGCCCUUCAGCCACGGCGCAUGCGUAGCCCCGCGCACGGCCCGCCGCCAUCUUUCCGCUCCCAGCCAGAGCGCGUGCGUGUAGCGGCAGGCCCGCGCACGGGAGUUGCUGAGGGCGAUGCGGGCGGUGGUGUGGAACACGCGCUCGGCGCUGCUGUACUCGAUAGGCGGCUGGACCGUGCUGGGGGGCAUGCUGCAUUACACCUACAAGACCAGCGGCGGAGCCGAGGGCAGCGGCGUGCACGAGAACGAAACCAAUGAUAAGGCGAACGAAGAGCUCACCAGAAAAACGGUGGUUGCAAAUAUGCCCAUAGGGUUACAGAUCACCACGGUAACGACGUACCAUAAGGAAUUGCCUCCUCUCACGCGGCUGCUCCGGCGCAUGGCAGCCUUCUUUACUUCCAGCAGCAGUGCCCCCCCAUCUGAGAACUGAGCAGUCAGGGACGUGGAAUGUGGUGCUGUGGAGGAGAGCCUGAGGACGUUAUCCUGUUGUCUGGCACCGCCCCGUUGGUUGGAGACAAUUCUGUUGCGUUGUUGAAACAACAGAUCCGUGUCCAAAAUUCCUUUGCAAAACUCAUAGGCCUUCUUGCCUGCGCACAUCAAUGCUGUUCCUUGCACACAUCCUCAAAUUAUUAAACAUGAACUAGGUUCAUCUGAGUCUUGUGAGAUGGUGGUGAGCUGGAGUGCUACCCAGCAGGCUGGCCUGGUGCUGCAGUAGCUUUUUUGUGAGGAUUUCCCAGCAUAGGUGCUGCUGUGCAUAAGCUGCUCUCUCAAUUGAUUGGGUCUAAAAUAAAAUAUUAAAGAAUUA